GACAUUUUUCACUCUUAAUAUUUAUGAAUUCGAAUUUUUGAUUUUGGUAUCACUGUGUGUUGUUUAUAAUAGUUACGUUGAGAUGAAUUGCUAAUGAGAUGAAAGAGCAGCGACUUAUUGACGGUUCGGUGUUGUGAUGCCAGACUUCAGGACUUACUGCUAUCUAUCGGACGGAGCAUGCUGAUUGGGGCAUUUUGUUUGGAGAAAAUCCGAGAUUAGCUGAUAUUAGUACCCUCGUGGCAUAAAAUAUUACUCAAUGAUGAUAAAAGCGCUCGGACGACAAACUGUUAAAACAGCGGGAAAAUAUUGUCUAUAGGAUCGCGAUGUCAGUGGAAAGUAGAGCAGAAUGGAGAAACAAGAUUCCCUGAUAUAGUGCUGGAAAUGGGAUUAACCGAAGUAUUCUUUCCCUAUGGAAAUUAUCAAGGUAGCGCCUAUGUUCUUUUUGCUGGAUUUGGUUUAGCGGCAGUCAUUUGGGUUAUUGGAUUAACAAGAGGCACCGUUUCUCGGGGGGUGUCUUUUGUGUGUGUGCCUGUUAUUGAUGAAUUAAUGAACGAGACAUUUCUCUCCCCUGUUGUAACAGAGGAAAACAGCUCUUGUUUAAUAACAGUAGCAGCCAUGUCUGAAAACUGGACUUCCGGUGGCCUAUCGAAUUUCUCCUUGAAGCUUAGUAACCAGCUAGACCUGACAAAAAUUCUAAAUGGAGCAUCAGGGGGAGUUGUGUGGAAGAACAAAUUUGAACACCUUUAUAUGAAACAGAGUGUUGGUGAUAUCACGCCAUUGUUUGGGGUUACAAUGGACGCAGACAGUUACCUUGUUCCUACCAAAGUUUUCAACGACACCAAGAUAUGUUUGUAUACAGGAUUGGAUUCUGUGAUGUAUGACAUCUAUGUGUUUAAUUCAACGUUUGAACCUCACAUGUUACAAUACAAGGUCCGAAACGAGCUCCGCCCCUUCAGUUCAGAAUGUUUUUUUGAAUAUAACACCGACUCUGACGUUAUCUUAGUGAAUAGUUCAAAUCAUUUCGGUGUCGUGGUGAUGGAAUCGAACGUGCCCCUGAGUCUGGACUCCGGUAGAGCACUGGAGUCAAUUCCGAGUACAGAGAACAUGGGGACAGAGUUUGUCAUCGUGACGGAGGAGGAGGCGGAGAUCCAUGUAAUGGGUCAGGAGAGUUCAGACGUCAAGGUUACGACAACAGAAGGAGAAUUCAGUGUUACAGUCACGUCGUACAGCGUUAAGAAAUUAAAUGUGAGUGGAAACCUCGCCCUGCAAUUAAGAUCGUCAAAACCAAUCCAAGUCAUGUGCUUGACAAGCAUUUCAAACCUCUGGAAUACAUCUUCUCUGAAUCUUUUCACUGUGUUCCCUGUGGAACCAAGUUUUUGCAAUUGGUUAGAAAUUUCUUCCAGCUGUUUUGACAAAGCUUGUGUGAUUGUCACAACAAAGAAAACUAGCGUUUCUCCAUUCGUAUCGAUUAACGGUUCGCUGGUAACGGCUACAAACUAUUCAUUUGGUGAUUACACGGUCCUGGAGAUAGCCAAUCUCCACAAAGGAGUGCACUUUUUAAAAAUCACAAACAGCGCGGGAUUAGCUGUUUUUGUUCUAAACAAAGCCCUUGGGAGGCUGUACCAGGUACAACCCCUUAUCGAGGACCAGUGUUCUUACGCUUUCUUGUCAUCGAUAAAUGCAACCACAACCUUCCACUUAGACGAUAACAAUAAAAACACGACAGUCCCUAAUGUAACUUUUACGUUUCAAGAUGGUAACAAAUCCAAUUUUUCUUCCAAUCAUACAUUAACUUCCGUCAGUGACGAUUCUUAUGAAACAACUAAAUCUUCGUCGAUAAACCCAACACUGAACACGACUACAGAAAAAAGUGCCUUUGUAGAAGUGACAACAACGUUAGUUAAAACAACGAAGACGACAUUGAAGACUGCCAAUUCUUCCGAAAAUGGGAAACGGGACCAAAAAAUAGAAAUUGGCGGUAUAUCGUUUCAGUUUCAAACUAAUCAAAACACCUCCAACAGUUCCCAACACACCGUCAUUGGAGGGGUCCCCAGCUACAAUAUAUUUUUUCAGGACGUGGAAGAAGAUGACUACAGUCAGGAGUAUAUGAUGGCUGUAGUUCUCUCCCUUUGUGUCGCCAUAUUUGCAGUUAUUGCCGUAAUAUCUUCGUUCUUGCUAAUGGAAUUUAUCUCGAGACAAAAGCAAAUAAGAAACACGAAAAUUCGACCAUUUGUGUCAUAAGAGUGAAAAGUUAAACAGAAAUUAUGCAUGAAAUGUUUAGUGAAUAUACGCUACGUAGCUUGUAUUUCGAUUUAUAAACAGUUACUUAUCGACAUAAAGUGUCUAUUUUCAGAAAAUCGAUGGCGGCUCUUUUCUACAUCGUUUUACUUAUCUAUUAGAAAACAUAACGUUCUUGUUUGUAAAGCUAAGAGCAAUGUGUUUGUUUGAUCGACAUCUACAACAUUACUAAAAGUAUUGAUUUUACACCACCUCCACAGAUUUAAUAAACUCUUUGUUGGCACUAACUUGAGUGCCGUUUCAGAAGUUUAGACCUCACCGGUUCACACUUUUUGCGUGCCAUGUCCACCUUGACAAAGAACAUAAAUAUAUAUAUAUAUAUAUAUAUAUAUA